UGGACGUACAUAAUGUACGUGUAAUGUGGGUCAAAAUAUACGAAACCAAGUGCAAAGCCUUGCGCAUGCCUGUGUCUAUGUGUGAGAACUAUUCACUGCUUUGUAGGUAUUAGUUAGUGACGACUAAGGGCAAGCAUUAGGGGUUGAUGAAAGCUCUUUGUUACAAAGAUAUUAGAUAAGAUUAAUGUCCUCCCUACGUAACCAACCAACAAAUUAAACAUCAACAUAUGUCUUCUUAACCUGCUUAAUUCUUUGACAAACCAGAGUACCUGAAAGCUUCUCCAUACGCCGACAGUUGACAGCCCAGGUGCCUUUAGAAAAAGCGUCUGCGUCGUUCUUUGAAAUCCCUGGCGUUGCCAAAGCGGGGAAACGAGCGCAAGCGACGGCAGUCUUAUGAAAAUACCAGUCAUUAUCCGUCUGAAGCACAUCAAAUCAUGUCUCUUUUCAGUAAUACCUGGUUGACAACGACAAAGGCGAACUCAAGGAAUGAGAGGCGACAAACAAAGAAUACCAGGAGAAAGUUGUGAGAGUUUUCUGAGUGUUUGACAAUACAGGAUAAAAAAAUGCUUACGCGUUUUUUGUAAACCACUCUCACUGCGUCACGUGGAUUUGUCAGGAUUUGGCUGGGUCUGUAGCGGCGUUUUUGUCUAACGAGAGUUGCCAGACAUAAAAGUCCGAUCAACCGGUAACUAUGGCUUAACUAAAUAUCAAGUUACUUUGUCAGUUCCGUCCAAAUCCGCCCGCUUAACCAUCAGCUUGUUUAAAACCAGCGAGUGAAAUGUUAGUGAUUCCACCAAAGCUGUUCAAAGAGGACAACACCCAUUCCCAUAGUUUCAAAGUCUUCCUGUUUCUGACUUUUUGUCGUUGAAGUCUUAUAUAAAGACCAGCAGACAGUUAAGAUUCUGCGAGUAGAACACCGUGAAAAGUUAGUUAAACAAGAGGUGAUUUGUAUUACUGCCAACAAAUGUUUUCCCACUAUGUUUUUCUGCUGCUCGCCUGUGUCUUCUUUGUUGGAGGUACCGCUGCGAUCACUGUGACUGGGGCAUGCACGUCCGAUGAAGACUGUAUCGCUGCUCGCGGCGGAGGGUGCUGUGUAAGAUGGAACCCAGGAUCAGCAGUGUUUGUGUGUAAGGACAUGGGUCAGGAGAACAACCAGUGCCACAUCUCCGGUAACAUCCUGCCGUACCCGUUCCCGGGGAAGCGGGUGUACUGGCGCUGUCCCUGCGGGGAGGGGCUCACCUGCGCCCGAGCAGACGGAGAGUCAGGUGGUGGAACUUGCCAGGCUGCAGCUGAAAAACGUUCAGUCCACAUGGAGAGACAGCGGUGGCCGCUAGUGCAGAAGCGUCUACGGGAAAACCAGGCGAAGGCGGCGACGUUCGGGCAACCGAAGCGGCCGCGGAAUUCGUCCGACUGCAAGUGAAGGACUCAGUUACUACAGCACCAAUACCGACAAAAUGUUAUAAAAAGUGUGACCAAAUAAAAAUGAAACACGAAGACCAUGUAUGGACACUCAGACAAUGUAUACAACGAUAAAAUCAUGCCGAAUGACAUUGCGGCAUCAGAGGAAAUUAUGAAAUUAUGAAGUUAUGAAGUAUGUAU